AUGCCCCAUGAAACUCUCGCUAAGCAUCUUUUUCAAUGGGAUGCUCAACCAAUGAAAUGGGCCAUGAGAUUGAGGGUGGCUUUGCAUCUGACACAAGCUCCAGAGUACUAUAGCAGCAAAGGGCGUGCAUUGUAUCACGAUCUCAAUGCCUACAGGGUUUUAUUUGAUCAGUUGGCUGUGAUCAUUGAACAAGAUGGAAAUCUCAGACUAUCCUGCUUUGGCCUCAUGAAGAAUAGCAGGGACGGCAAGAGUUACAGUACAAACUUAGCACUCACUCCUCCGGAGUACCUAAGAACUGGUAUUUUUGUUUGCUUGAAUAAAGUGACACCAGAAAGUGUGGUUUACAGCUUUGGAACGUUGUUGUUGGAUCUUCUGAGUGGAAAACAUAUACCCCCUAGUCAUGCAACUGAUCUUAUUCGUGGCAAGAAUUUACUGAUGCUUAUGGAUUCAGCUCUAGAGGGUAAUUUUUCAAAUGAUGAUGGAACUGAACCUGUGCGUUUAGCUUCCCGUUGUUUGCAGUAUGAAGCACGUGAGAGAUCAAAUGCAAAGUCUCUUGUCACUUCUUUCAUGUCUCUUCAGAAAGAAACAGAGAGUUACUAUAAGCACUUAACAAUUGGUGAUUCCGACAAUGUUUUGGUAAAAGAUGAAAGUAUCUUUAGAAUGGGUCCAUUAUUAAGAGUUGAUCAUUUAUGCGUUAAUUUCAUCUAA